AUGCUGGCCACCCUCACCCUCCUCCUGGGGCUGCCGCUCGCCCUCGCCACCGAGUCCCCCAGCUGCGCCCCGCUCAUCUCCGUCACCUUCGACAAUGCCACCGUCCCUGGGCUCCUGGGACAGUGGAUCUACAUCAUCGGCGCCUCCAGGUACCCGCCUCACCUGGAAGAGCUGAAGGCGGUGAAACACGCGGUUUUUUCCUUCUCUCCCGGCAGCCACGAGGACGAGCUCAACGUCACCGAAAUCAUGAGACUGAACGAGACGUGUGUGGUGAGGAACACCAGCAAGAUCCAAGUCUUCCGGCACAACUCCACCCUGGCACACGUCGAUGACCAGGUGGCCUCCACGGCCGAGCUAAUCCAGAGCGACAAGGACCUGCUGAUCCUGAAGCACCUCAACACCAACUUCCCCAGUCUGAGCCUCUCAGCGCGGACGCCCAACGUGAGCAAGGAGCACCUGGAGGAGUUCAAAGCCCACCUGCGCUGCCUGGGCUUCACCGAGGAGGAGAUGUUCUUCACAUCCGAAAAGGAUGCCUGUCCCCUGCCCGGAGAGAAGACAGGCGAAGGCGACGCGGAGCCGCAGCUGGGGUAA